CUCUUUCUCUCACUUCCUCUCCAUCAGUCCUGAGCUCUCGCAGCAGCAGCAGCCGCCUCUUCUCCGAGAUGGAGAGCUGGUAGAAGUGCAGCACAGCAGCGGCCGCUCCACCCCCCCUCCUCGCUCCAGUGGAUGUUGGAUGUACGAUGAGGUCUCCGCGGCUCUGGGCAGCUCUGUGCCUCCUCCUCACCGCCUCCUGCCGGCUCUGCGCGGCCGCUCGACACGGUAAGAAGCACCAUACCUGAUCCAACGCCGAUAGAGACUGAUGCACUUCCCUGUUAAUGAACUGACUGCAGCCAGGAGGCGCGCCGGACGACGCGUAAAUCACGUCUUUACCGAUGACUAGUCCCUGUUUCCGCUCUCCUACAGUUGCUGUUGUACUUUACUUUGAGUUUAGAGUAGCCUAAAGCGUGGUAUGCUGUAGUUUUAUCUUUCAUACGGUUAUUGGGAGUGAUUUAAAAUCUGCAGUGUGCUCUGUGAUGUUUUGGACGUAUUUCUCCAAAACACUCUGCAGGAUUUGUUAAAGAUGCUCCGAUGCGCGUUGCUUCUUAGGGAAGUGCUGUUCUGUUAUAUUAUCCUAUAGUCACUUCUAUUUCGUCGUGACAAGCCAGGAUGAGUUUAGUUUCACUGUGCUGCAAAUUUAGACAAACCUGAUCUGCUGAUUUCCACGUUUCAUCAGUUUUCUGCGUGUCUCCUCUCGGCUCUGUUUACACCAGCCAUAAAUCGCGUCACUGAUGCUGUGACCGGGUUCAGUGUUGAUGGGUCUGUGUACGUCAGUGAAUCAUGUUGUUGUACUGUCUGUGAGGGCAAGUACAAACACACAAACAAACACCAGGAGAGAGAGAAAGAAGGGAAGAGAAAUACUGGUUAGACUUGCAUUGAGCUGGCUGUCUGGAUGGUUCAGACACUCAUUAUUUCUGAGUGUAUUUUUGUGGAGAUUUAAAGCAAUUUUUUAAAAUUUCCUGUUAGAUUACGACAAUAAAUACACAAUUGGACAAAUAAAAUCAAUUUACGCUCUUAAUAUGAUAUGAAAGUGUAAAUACAAUGAUAAUAGUUGACAAAAUCCUAUAAUUUGGAAAUAUUAUGCAUCUCAUGUCAGCAGUCACAACAAGAUUAAACUAAUGAACUUAAUCAGCCUUUGUGAAAUGAAAGCAAUAACUCACCUGUUAUGAUGAUCCCUAUAGAGACAUUGUCCAGGCCAAUAACAAAUCAUGAAUCCAAUCUAGUUCUCUGAUAGCAUACAGUGUCCCCAUACAAAUAUUGUGGUCAUCAUUGAGGGUAUAAAAUGACUCACUAUCCCUUUAUUAUUACACAGCUCCCAAGAUCUAAAAUAAACCCUGAUAGGAUUGUUAUAAGAUUUAUGAAUACGUUUCUCUUAGAUGUCACUGUUGGACCACACCCACCAUUACUGAUGCUUGAUGUAGUCUGAGGUGAGACGCUUCUUUCACCCUGCUUUUCCACCGCAGCAGAGUAGAUGAUUCAAAAAGGCUACUUCAACAUGGAAAUACCUCAAUACUAGACUGGUGGUGUGUUUGAGGGGCGUAGGGACAUAAAGUACCCACCAAAAUUCUACAGCACUGUAUGCACUAGUCAUAUUUCCAUCAUGCUGGCAUUUAAAAAGAGCAGUAUAAAUCCUUCCUAAAGCUUCAUGUCACACUAAAAUCACUGGAGAAAGCACAUUGAGUACUGUGGCAUUAAAAAAAAAACAAUGUAAUAAAACCAGGGGUAAAGGUUUUAUAAUUUAAACUUCUUUUUUUAUUGUAACUACAGACAUGCUGUGGCCUGUAAUACACUGGAAAGUUAUGCAUGGAAAAAUAUAUAUAUUUACAUCUUUAAACUCUGUGAUUUCUAUCACUGUACAGCUGCUAAAAGUAAAUCAACACCUUGAGACGCUGUAAGAUCAGUCAGUAAUCCAUCCAUAAGAUCAAUAUAAUUUGACUGUCAGGUUCCACAGAGACAUUACAGCUCAACAAGGCGGAUUACAGACACAUUAUAGAGUAUCACAAUGCUGUUAAGACCAUAACUGACUUAAAAGGUCACCAUAUAAUCUUAAUAUCCUGACAUGUAUAUUGCAUUAGGGUUAGGGUUACUGCAGUUCAGGCUUCAAGCAGUUAUACUGUAUGUGAAGAGAUACAGGUAAAUAGUGAGUCAUUUGAGAAGUUUAGUAUGUUUUGAAGUGCUGGCUGAAAAAACUGGUAUAUGACACAGAUAAGUGGGCUGAAAACAUAUCUUCAGUCCAUUACAGUGGAUGUAAAAUUUAGGUUUUUACUGACUAAAGGACAACUCAUCACCAGUUAUUUUUUUCCUAAAUAAGGAUAGUUUUUUUGUCCUCUGAAAGGAAAAUUAAAUACAACAAAAGAAAGACUUAAUCUUAAUCUGAAUUUGACACUGUUUCUGAUGUUUCAAACUUAAAUUCUUGCCAUGUAUCAAUGCAGGUAGUCUAUAAACAUGUUCAUGAAUAUUAAAAUAGCGAUAAACGAUGUCGUACUCACAUCUAUGACUCAUGAGUAACCCCUGGGCUCCAUCUGCUGACAGUUACUACAGCCAUCUUCUGUCUGCAUGACACGCUGAACACAGUUUGGGUUAGUUUCAGCACCAUGGACAGAUAACAGCUGAAGCAUUGCAGCAGAAGAGACAGGGACCAGUUGAAGUGUUUCAGCACCACGGACAGAGACCGGCUGAAGUGUUUCAGCACCAUGGACAGCAAAAACGUGUAAAUCCUUUUUAUGGUGCUCAAGUACUGUCAAUCUGUCAGUCAAAAUCAUUUAGAAAAAGAGUCCUGUUGAAUUCAAAUGGUGACUUUACAUAAAUUUUAUGGUAAUUUCUGUUAUUUUGGUGCUCUGAAUGUAUAAGUCAUUAGACUAGAGCUAAACACAAAUGUAAUUUCAUGUUUAGACACAAACUAGACAUUUUCUCAGGACCCUAAAGUUUCAUCACCAAUAGUCUAGCCUAACAGAUCCAAAAGGAGUGUAAACCGAGUUAAAGGACCUUGAGGCUAAACUAAGGCCUAAAAAAACAAAUACUGCUAAUUUAAGUACCCUUUUACUGUGUUUUUAUCAAGUAAGAUUUGGAUCUUACAGUGUUCAACAAAAGCAACAGAAACCCAAAACAAAACCAGUCUCCUCCAGUUUUGUAUCUUCAGCUAAAAAGAAUAGUCAAUCUUCUUCUACCAAAGUCAGCAUUAAAUUUAAAGUGCAAAAUUAGGAUUACUACGAUCAAACACUACCUGCUCACAAAGACUUAUAUUUAGAUCAGUGCGUUUUGCAUCUGUGUGUGUGGGAGAUGAUAACAGAAAACAUGAUAACAGGAGAGGCCAGCAGCUGUGACAAAUGAAGGAUCAUGGGAAACACACCCAGAGACAGAGAGAAUAUUUUGGAGCUACAGACCUGGUCUGAAAGAUUAGAACAAUCAUAAAUGAGACAAUAUUAGUCUCACAAAACAGGGACAUUGUUUUCCAACAUUGCAGUUUUUUUCCAGAACUGCUGAAAGGAUUAAGCUCUACUCUUUACUCUGCUAUACACUUGCAGUCAAUUUGAGCAUCCAACCCUAUCUGUCUCUCAACACUGUCUGACUUCCUGUCUUUAGGGACUAUUUUCAACCACAUAUGAAUCUCUGCUAAGUAUCUGGGUACAAAAUAGUCUAAACUACACCCUGAGAGUGAAUGGUCAUAAACCAAGUGAGCAACAGCCAUGUUUUUUAAGUAGAAAACAGAAUCUGAGCAAAAAAUCGCAUCUAUAUUCCAGAGGACAAAGAUGUGAGUGAUGUUAUGCUGAUAUAAAACAGAAACUAUCUCCAGCCUUUUCCCUGACAUACUUCCCGUGGAUCAAUGUGAGCUUUAUUUGGAGUGAAAAAUGGUAAAAAGUGAAAGGUUUAAAGGUUAGCUGAGCCGGGAAGGGUUGUAACCUCUCUGCCUCUGCAGCUGUUAUUCAGACACACCACGCAGGUUUGAUUCCUCUCCUCCGUCCUGGCUGACUCAUUCCACCUUAAAUAUCCACCGUCAGCCUGCAGACCAGAGGAUGAGCGGCCACAAAUGCCAUCAGAACCAUUAUGAGAAUUACGCUGGAUCCAAUCUGGUGGGAAGCUAAUGGAGGAUAAAAGCAACACACAGAAAAACUGAUGGUGAUGGAGGAAGGCUGGAGAUCAGUUUCUGGGCUGAACAUGAGUCAGCCUGAAUUUCUUUAUGUUUACUCUUCCACAGAAAACUCAUAUAAGACCAACGGGGGCCUUUUUUAGUACUGGCUUUCCAAGUUAUCUGUUUUUUAAAAAUUAACUUAAAUGCCAAAUCGAUCAUGUUUAGUGUACUGAUCUCUUUCAGAUGAUAAAAAGUUAGAUGGGCAGUUUCCAAGUGUUCUUAUCAGCCUCCCUAAUGAUAAUCAUUUUGUUGAAUUUGUACAACUAAACAUCAUAAAGAAAUCAGAAGAAAUCAACAAUGAGGGGUUACAAAAUUCAUAAGGUCAUAGAGGUUGAGGAAGUCUUCAUAUGUGAAAAAUAUUUUAAAAAACAACAAAGUAUGAUAGAAAUUGCCCUCCUUAUGAUAAAACCAACUCCCAAUUUGCUCCUUUUUUCUGUCGUCCUUGAUGAUGUAAGGAAUAGAAAUCUAUUCAAGCUUUCCUUACUUUGUCUUUUAUUCGAGUCACACCAAACCCUAAAAGACAAAAUGGAGCAGGCGCUGUUAUUAACCACAGAAACUCAGUAUGAGAUGGAGGGUUCCUAUACUGUCUUUUUCUUAAAGUACUGUUUUUGUUAAAGAAAAGAUGGAGGAGUUUCCCCAGAGAAACAUCAAGACCUGCUGCUGGAUGAAACAUCUCCGAGUUGAGUCAUUUUCAUGUUAUUUUCUUGUUAAAAUUGAAUCAGGUGGAAAAGCACACUGCUGGGUCCAUUUCUGAGUGCCUGGGUUACAAACUCCUGCUGAAUCAACUCAUCUGUUGAAACCUCCUCCCUAAUGAGUCACAAAAGAGGUUUCAAAGUUUUGUUUUCUUCUUUAAAAAAGGUUUUUUUUAUAAUUGUUUUUUUUUUCUGCUAGACAAGGGAACCAAUUGUUUUCAAAGUGCAGUUUGUCGACAUAAAAUACAAACACAAACUUCAGCAACAAGCCUUAAAGUUUACAUUUUUGUAUGUUCAGCUAGAGCUGGGCGAUAAACCGAAAAUUUAAUGAUUCUGGAAUUUACCACAAUAACCAACGUCAUUUUGCCCACGUCAAUAUAUUCGGUGUCAAAAAAUAAAUUAAGAAAGGUUGGUCUUGGAUGUGUGUAGGUAGGCUAUGGUCUCAUGUCCCAGGAGACGUGACUCCACCUCAUCCAGUCUGUGACAAAGAGGGAAAGACAGGUGAGGAGAUGGAGGUCACUUCAAAAGUUGUGGUGGCUGAAGUAGACAAAGUUAAUGUGGGAGGGGGUGAGCAGCUUGUGGAGUAGUUAUCGUCCAUUUAUUGUUAUCGAGGUGAACUGCUCAAUAUAUCGUGAUAGUGAUUUGAGGCCAUGUUUCCCAGCUGUAUGAUCAGUAUUAUAGAUCCCCUUAAAAAAAAAUUGGCUCACAUGUAUUUAUACUUUCUCCUGAACCAUCUUUUAUCUGCUUCAUCCACCACAGUACUGACUAAUGCAUUUUUUACAGUGCAGCUCUCAGUCUGCACAUUACAUACUCAAUUAUAUCCAAAGUUCUUGUGAUUAAUGGGUAAUGUUGUGUAUUAAAUAGUUGAUUGAUUGUGAAGCGGCGGUUGACAGUGAUUGACAGUCUGCAGGAUGAAUUUAAUAAGCUGAUCAUCUUCUAGGAACAGACAGAGAAGAAAAGGAGAGAGGAGGAGGGAGAAGGGAGGAGCAGAAGGACAGAGAGAUAAGAGGAAAGAGGGAGGGCGGACUGUGUGGGCGGAGGAGAAAGGACAGAGAUUAGUCAUCAUGUGGAGUUUGGAUGGAGGAGGCGACGGGUAGAUGGAGAUUCUCUUCAGUGUUCUAUGUUUAGCAGCGCCUCGUCUCCCUCGUUUAAUGGAGAUUCCCUCUGUGAUAGCAGCUGCUUGGUUUGUGUCGACAUGUGAUCAAUAAUACAUCUGACUUCUUAUAGAUUUUGGGGGGAAGAAAAAAAGGCCAAUUGAAUUAGACCGGGUUGUGGUGUUGUGAGAGUAAAUCCCAAAGAUCCACCUGAGAGUUGUUCUGCUUUCCUCGUGUCAGAAAUGUUCUCUUGUCAAGUUUUGUUUGUCUGUCUUCCAGUUCAGUGGUCUUUUUAUUAUUCAGAAAACACUGAAGAUAUUGAUGUCACUCUUCUGACAGGUGAAGAGGGGUUGAAGUGGUCAGAAGAGCAGACACUUAGUGAGCAAAUAUUCACUCACACAUCAUGUUGAACUUAAAUGUUAUGCUCUUCAGCGACUCCUCUUGUGUGCAUAAAAACUGGAGACUACAGGCUCUUCUAAUAAUGUGACCUGAUGGAAUAAAUUAUUUCCUAUAUGAUUUCCUAAAAAUUGGAAAAUCUUAAAAUUAUGAUGUUUUAUGGGGGACGAUUGUGUAGAAAGUCUGGUUUAAAACAAAAAUGUGGAUCUUGCAGGUUCCCUGGACCUACUUUUGCAAAAAUAGUUUGAAAGGGUGAAAAUACAGUGGGAAAAUUGCGAAGGUAAAAAUCAGUGCGUCGACUUGUCCACAGAGCCAGAAUAUUCCAAAACUGACAUUCAUGAAAGACAUUUUUUACAAGAAGUGAAACACAAAUAUUGACCGCAUAGACAUUUUUUAACAGGUUACUGUUAUGUGACCGCUGGAGUCUUCUCAAACUGUUGCAGCAAAAAGAGUUAAAGUGAGUGGAGAGUGGAGCAUGCUGUGAUCAUGCACCUAAAGCAUGGUGUCUUUAAUUAUCAGAGGCCAUAAAAAUAAUGCACAUCAGUGUUUUAUAAACCCACAAUGAAAACUAAACAAAAACAGCAGCAGCCGCUUCACAUCUGCUGCUGUUUACUACCUCGCAACAGAUAAGGACCUGGAAAAGGUCAGCUGUAACACACAUGCACACGCAAUAAUACCAUCACUAAGCAACACAAGAUUGAAUCUAGUGUCACUGCCUGCUUUGGUUGGGGUUUCCCUGGAUCAUCCUGUCUGUAUUUGAGAUCUGUAAACAAGUCCGUUUUCAUUUCAUCUCCAACGUUGAUGUUACAGAGUUAGGAUGACAUUUUCUUCCAUUAUCUCGGACUGCCUGUGUUUUAAUCUGAGACACAAAAACUGAUCUACCCAUCUGACUUUUGGAAUAUAUUCCCACCCUCAAAUAAUGUAUGUUGGUUUUGAAGUUUGAUGAUUGGUUAUCUAAGAGGUCAUCAGAGUGUAUGUAGUUGUGACCUGUGUUUGACUUUCAUUACACUGGAGUGUGUGUGGAGAAGGUCUUAUUUUUCCAGCUGUAUUUGUCAUCUUAUACUCAUGAAAGUUGAAGGUGAUGUUGCAGCUUCUUUACGAAUACUUGUUUUGUUGUUUCUCUGUCUGCAGGUUGUUUGUUUGAGAAGAAGCUCUGUCCAAGAGACCAGCUCUGUAAUGAUGGUGAGUUUGGCAUUGCAUCUCAAACUGUUUUAAUGAGUUUGUUUCUGUUUUGACGUCAUUGAGGGCCAAUAUGAACAGAACAGCUGCAGUAUUAUAUAAGAAAGCCAAAGCUUCCAACUGCACAAACUCUUUCCUGAUAACUUCUUUAUCAAUAUUUGUAUUUCCUCCUCACAGGCAAUUUAUUUCUUUUUAAACUUUGUUUAUUAAGGUUUUUCCACAAUAAAACAGACACACAAGAACACUCAGAACAGAGUCCCCACCCCAUAAAGUGAAGAAAUAAUUAUAUAAAUACAUAACUAAAUAAUAGUAAUAAAAAAUAGAUGAAUAAGUCUAAGACAAUGUAUGUUAAGCAUGUUAAAAAAGGGACUUAUAUUAACAUAAAAAAGAGAGAAUGUUACGGAAAAACAAGAGAACCAAAAACUUGAUUCAUCCAACUCUGAUUUCUCUUCCACAUAUCUCAGAAAAAGUUGCCUAAUCUAAUCGAAUUUGCCAGUUGAACCUCUAAGCAUGUGUUUUAUAUUUUCCAAUUUCAUAUUAUAUAAAAUACUUAGGAUCCAAAGUGUGUGGGGACAGGUGAGAGGAUUUUAGUAAAAUAAAAAAAAAGGUAAAGGUUCAAUCCAGAUAGAAAAAAAAGACAACAAUCCACUCUGCUCGGUUAAUCUAGUUUUAAAUAUCUGAAAAACUCUGAACAAUUCAGAAAUAAAAAGCAAGAUAAUUUUUUUAUUGUAAUUUGGGCCCUCUGACCUUUUAGAAAAAGAAAACAUCUGUCUCAUAUCGCUCAUUGUAAUCUUCUGCAUUUAUGAAGUCAAGUCCAAAGUGCUCACAUGAUUGCUUCUGUCUGGCUGAUGUGGACAUGUCCUUCCCCAGUGGUGGCUCGUAUUUACGGUGCCGUGAAUGCAGUGUGUGAGAACAGUAAACCAAGUGAUAGUGAGCGAUCCCAGAGGGCUCCAGCUGUGGCGCCGUGCUCCAGGAAGCUGUGACGUGUUUUUCUGUCCAUCAAACAGUCAGAGCUGUUUGUUUGUCACCGCUCAGUCCGGCUUUAAUGUAUUCUCUAUGAUCCCUCUGUGUAUUUCCUGCUUCCUGCUCAAACAUGGCAGGGAUGUCAUUACAAGACCGUGCAGGAGUGUGAGUGGGCAUAAAUGUGAGCGUGCACGAGCGUGAGCGUGCAUCUGAGUGUCUCAGCCUUCAGAAGGAGCUGCAUUAUUGAUGGAAGGUUGUUUCACCCCUGAGGAUGUUUUGUUCCCUGUUCCAGAGACGGGAACAUUGAGGGAACAUCGGUGGUGUUCUCCUUAUGACGUAUGCCAGAUGGUGCUAUGAGAGAGUUGCAUGUGCUGACCAUAGACUGUAUAUACUUUACUUAUAUAUACAGUAAUAUAAUACGAAUACUUCUAUAUAUAGUCUAUGGUGCUGACAGUGAGUGACAGUAACAGGUGUUGAUUCAGAGCACACAUAGCAUGAUAUAUUCAUUAACGAAAAUGCACUUAGAUCUGGGAUCCAUGAUUUAGUGUUAUUGUUAUAGUCAGCAAAAGACAGCAGCAGUUUUUUUUAUAGUUUAUAUAGUUUUAUACAGUUUUGCAAUGACUUCAGUCCGACUCCAUUCAAGGUGGCGCUGAACAAAAAUAUAUCACGUUUUUUAAAAACAUCCGCAAAGUCUGAUGGAGGUGAUAUUAACCAGCAGACAUUUUUGUGUGCAUAUACCCAGUUGUCAUUGGGAUGAUGGAGUAUGUGUGUGUGUGUGCUGCUGGUGAAAUCUGAGUGUGUAAGAAAUGAUUGGUUUCUCUUUAAGAUUCGCCACAUGGGUAUCAGAGGUAGAAAGAGCGAGGGAAGUGAUGCAGAGUGAGAAAAAAACAGAGAGACAAAAGAGAGAAGAAGAGCGAGAGUGCAACGUAAACAAGGUCUCCCUCCGUCACGGCUCUCUGCCAAUCGCAGCCUGUCCUGGCCGUCUCUAUGACAACAGUGACAUCACUUGCCUGACGACCGUGUGUCUCCCUCAUGAGUGUGUGUGUGUGUGUGUAUGUGUGUUUGAUGAGGAAUGGAGGGAAGCAGAGGUGAUGACUCAUCGAGGCCCACAAACACACACACACGCACACACACACCCACACAUUCACACAAAGGUUUUUCAUGUGUAUGAGAUUUGUGUGAACAAGUGUGUGUAUUUAUGGUGAAUGUGUUCAAAGGCUGUGUGUCAUAUGUAGAUGUGUGCAUUUGAAUGUGUUGUGCGCUAAAAUGUGCACUUUUUCUUAUAUUCUUUUUUCCUGCAAACCUGCAAAAUAUGUUCCUGGUGAAGUUUGAAUAAAAUAGAAAAUGUUGCAGCAUAUAUUUGUGUCCACCUGAACUGAAUCGAAGCUAAGCUACUUUGGGCUUUCGCAGGAUUUAAAGGAUCAGUUUAACCCCUUUAUGAGAAUCUUGCUCACCUUUCACUUGCAGCCUUUCAAGUGAGGCAUAAAACUGACAGAGUCCAAAAGUUAAAAAAAGAAAGAUCUGUAUGCACACUUCCUGUCUUGUUUAUUUUAGGGCGACUCCUCUGGCUUUUAAAGAGAAUAAAGGAUGACUUACAAAAUGGUUAGCUAGAAUCUGAUCUGACAUUCAAGCCCUACUUAAAUCAGCGUUUGUAGACAUAGUGUCAAACAUCAGCCUGAUGUCUUGACCUGUUUUAUGAAGCAAGUGUAAAAAACACUCUCUAAACCCUGUCAUAUCUUACUGUGCAGAUGGAUUGUUUGGGCAGUGCCAGUUCCCCCACCAGGAGCCCAUCCAGUACCAGGUGUCUGUACCUGUCCUGCACAAGCUGCAGGAAGUCCUCAAAGACCUGAUGGUGCAGGGUGAGCCUCUUUCACACCAUGUGGAGAAUUGAGAUUAAACCUCUGAUCUGGUUUGACAUGUUAAGACAGCGAGGGUGAUUUUUCUAUCGCAGGUCUGACUUGGAGGGACGACAUCACUCAGGCAAUCAUUGCUCAAGAGCUGAGUCAUGUCCCCACCAUCAGCUCCUCCAAAUUUCACGAGAAGUCUCCCAAGCAGUAAGAAGCAAAUUAACAUGGUUUGAAUAUUGAUGAAGAACAAGCAGAAAACAUGAGGAUGGACAGAAUAAUGGUUGAUUUACUUUUGAUUUACUUGAAAUAAAUUUUAAGUCUCCUUUCCAAGGUUUUCCAAACAGUCACGUCCCAGUCAAAGAAGGGUUCAGGUGCCUGAGGAUCCAGCUGAUCCUGAGAUGAUGCAGCAGUAUGUGGACUACAUGAUCAUGGACCCAUCUCGAUCGUCCGUCCACAUGCAGACGCCUCUGAUGGAUCCUUACACCUACCACCAGGUAGGGGCAAACUUUUUUAUUAAAGAUACGUGUGUGAUUUAUUUCUUAGCUUCACUUUUGAAACCACACAUUUAUGUUUCUGCAGCAGCAGUACGGCUACCAGGAGGAGGAGGAGCGCUCCCUCAACUCUUUGGACAACAAUCAAGCCUUCCCACUUCUCGCCUCCUCCUCGCGCUCCAGAGACCCUUUGGACAGAGACCGGCAGCUCCUCCAGGACUUGGUGUCCUUUUACCUUACCUCUCCUUCCUCUUCAUCCUCUUCCUCCUCUGUGCAGUCACUUUCUCGACAAAGAGGGGCCUUGGCAGCAGCUGCAUCAGCAGGAUUUCCCUCAUCAUCAUCUUCUUCCUCUUCCUCCUCUUUCUUCCCGGAGCUGGACUUCCCACUGGACUAUGGCGAGGACUAUGUUUCCCAGGUGGCUCAGCUUAACAAGCAGCAGCAGAAGCAGGAGCAGGAGCAGGCAGAGAAGAAGGCACAGGAGGAGUAUGAUGCCCUCUCAGGCCUGGAUGGUGAGAAAGAAAGUCAAGUCAUGCUGAAAAAGGGAAGGAAGAUUUAUGCAUUUUGGUGGAAAUCUUUGAGUUAAAAUUCAGGAGAUGAAAUAUUUCAAGGUCAAAUAUGAAAUCCUUGAUUUGACAUAAUUUCAUGAAUUUCGGCCAAGGAAAGUGCUGAAUUGAAAGGAAGAGAUAGACAGGAUGAUAGCUGAGAAAUAAGGAAAAAUGAAGAGUCAGGCUCUGUCAAGACUGUAACUGUAGCUGUUACGUUAUUAAAGUUGUGAAAUUUUAGGGGAGAAAGUUUCAUCCAAAGUAAAGGGAAUAGCACAAUCUGUAUUCUUUAAACACUCUCCGCUGUGUUUUCCAGAGCACUCUCUGCAGAGGAUGGCUCUGCUGCUCAGUCACUACGGUCUGGACAUGAAGGAUUUGUCGCCUGAGCAGAGAGACAAGCUGCCAGCUGCUCUGAAGCAGCUCCAGCUCGACAGCUCCUAUGGACACAAAAUAAAUAAAGGUAGGUCUCAUCAGAAAAUCCUGACAUUAGGUUGACUUCAGACAUGUUUCAGACUUCACAGGUCUAUAAAGUCUUUUCAUACCAGAACAUUUGAUCUCAAACCAACAAAUCUCAUCAUGUUAACAAAGUCUUGUCACCACUAUUAUGUCUCAAGAUCAUGUGAUUGAGUCUAUAUCUUUUGAAAAAUACUUGUGUUAUUGAUGAAUAACCUUUAAUGCUUUCUAUUCAACAACUCGUAGAAAAGUUAAAGUAGUGAGCGAGCUUUUAUGUACAAAAAUAAUUAGGAUUUUAUCUGCUGCAAAGAAACAACUCGUUUGACUGGUGAUGUUUCAAAGAUGGAUACUUCAUCUCAGAGCCUUCACUCCCUGGAUACUGUUUACCAUGGAGCUGUGAGGGUCAUUACAAAUCUAACGUAUCUAACUGAUCUUGGUGAUGAAACACUUCUAAAAGAGGUUUUUGUUUUUUGUUGUGUAACUGCUGUGACAGUAGUAUUAAAAAUUAUCUGAAGAAUUAUCUUGUCUGCUCUCUUCAGGACAAAACAUGUGCUUAAAUGUGUAAAUAUCUUUUGUAUUGCGUCACAGGUGACCAUAUUGUGUUUGUGCUUACUCUCAGAUAAAAAUGGAAACGAUCCCGACAAAGGGAAGAAGGUGAGAUGAUACCAAUGGUGUGUUUAAUCCUCUUAAUGUUUAUGAAAAAGUAUGAAAGUUUUUUUUUAUGUGCACAUGCUGUCUGCACUUUUGAUCAGAUGACAGAGGGUUCCAUGGCGUACAAGAUGGCGACCCCUGAGGCUCCGCCCUCUCCUGCCAAGCCCCCCUCACCAGAGGAAGCUCAGAAAGAUUCUCGUCCUCCUGCUCCUCCUGCAGCUGCAGCCGUCAAACAGGACAAACCAGCGGCCAAAGUGGACGAGUUCGGAUACAUCAUAACCAAUCAGAGGUGAGUAUGAUCAUUUACCGCACCUGCCUCAACCAAUCAGAGCCACUUCCUGUAUGUGAGUGAAUGUGAUGUCAACUUCUUUAUAUUUUUGUAUUGUUUUUUAAUUUUCAUGUGUCUGGAUAAAAAAACUGAUCAGAGUGAGAAAACAUGCUAAUUAGAAGAUAGAAAGAAGAGGAAAAAAAGAGAGAAAGAAAGAAAGAAAGAAAAGGAAAUAAAGAAUAAGAAAUUAAGAAAGUAAGAAAGAAUAAAAAAGUAAGAAAUUAAGAAAGAAAUUAAGAAAGUAAGAAAGAAGAAUAAAAAAGUAAGAAAAAAGAAAGAAAGAAUAAGAAAGAAAGAAAGAAAGAAAGAAAGAAAGAAAGAAAGAAAGAAAGAAGAGCAAACAAGGAUGAUGGGAAAAACAGAAAGUUAACAGACAACAACAAAGAUAGAAAAGGAGGAAGUCAAAGAUGGUAAAUAGGAAUGAAAAAAAGAGUAAAAGGAAAGUCCACUGGGAGAAGAGAGGAGGCAGCGAUGUGAUUUGUGUAAUUGUUUGACACACAGUGCAGUUUUGUCCAGGCCUGAUGAAUCAAUGUGUUCAAGAAGCGAGCUGAGCAUGAAUCAGCCCUGACGCACAAACCCUGUAGGCGACUACUUUGUUAUCUAACAGUAAAGCUGAUUAAUGCUGCGUGUGAGUAAAACUAAGUACUGUUAGAAAUAAAGAGAUGUCGUCAGAUAUCAGAAUACUUGGAUGCUUUUGGAUCAGGAAUAAACACGAGACCUUCCCUCUCACAGGAAACCUGAAGGGCCAAAUACUUCCAUUCAUGCAUUUUUUAGAGUUCAUGCACUCUUUAGUUUCCUUCAUCCUGACACCAACAGCUAAAACUGAGAUUUUACUGCAUGUUUGAGUUUGUUGUUCAAACAAAAGUCCUCUUUGUGUGGAUAUAUUAUUUAGGUUCCCCUACAUCUGCAGACAUACAGAUCAGAAACAAGACACAAAAUUAGAAACUGGGUGAAUGUUUAAGUGUGUGUGCAUUUGUGUUUGUCUGUGUGUGUGAAUGUGUGCGUUUUGUCACCGCAGCCCCCUCAGUCUGAAUGAUGGGGUGCGACUUUUGGAGCGCCUGUUGGUGAGAAGCGGCCUCUCCACCGCCUCUGCCAUCAACAUCAGGUAACAAAAAAUCUAGGGAAGUUUUAUGUUAUCACAUAAAACUGACAAACUUCAGUGAAAGACAGUCUUUAUGGAGUCAAAAUAAUUUAUAAUAAACUGAAGUUACAGCCGGUUUAGUUAAAAAAUUACCCUAAAAUACCCAUGCACAAACAUCAGGAUCAUCAAAAUCAUGAGAUAUGUUAAAAAAUUUUAAUAAACUAAUCAAACUUUUGUUUUAAUCAUGAAAUAGUUGUCUAAAUACAGAAAAGUAGAGGUAGGAAGAAGCAUAAAAAUAAAGAACUAAGGAUAAUACCUCAGACUUGUAGUACUGCACAGUACUACAGUACAUGUUUAACCUUGUACCUGUUUCUCUGCUCUUUCUUCUGCAGUGUGGUUGGACCCUCAAUCACCUUCAGGAUCAGACCAAACUCAAAGAACCUGACUGCUGGAGAAGUGGCAGAGAAAGCAGGUAAACACAGCUGUAAAAUGGAUCAUAAUAUCUUAAAUACUUUCACCCAUACUACUACUUCUACAAAGAAUAAGAGGAUAUAUGUUGUAGCUGUAAAUUAAAGUUUUAUUUUACAGUUGCUGAAAAGGACUUCUUGGAGUCUGAGACUGGCCUGAAGGUGCUGCAGAGCGGAGUCGGAGAGGUGGGUGCCUGUAGAGUAGACUGGAGACCUUCGACUUUGCUUCAGUAGAUGUAAAACCCUCCUGAGAAAGAGAUCUAUAUUAUUGUACAUGCUGAAAAAUACUGAUUUGGUGCAGAUUUCUAACUCGUUGAUACGCUACGGUGCGGUGAUAAGAUUGCACAAAACUAAAGUACCAAUCAAUCCAUCAAACUUUAUUUAUAAAGCACUUUACAUACAUAUAAUGUAGCACAAAGUGCUGUCCAUUCAAGCAGGAUAUACAAGUUGUAACUCAACAACUAUAAUAGGGUAAAAUCACAUAAUGCAGAUUAAAAAAAUAAAAACAAAAUUUUAAUUAAAAGCCAGACUAAAAAGGCAGGUCUUUAGUUUACUUUUAAAAAUAUAAACAAUAGGUGUCGCUCUCAGGUCUGCAGGUAGACUGUUCCACAAAUAGGGACUGUAAUAUUGGAAUGAUGAUUCACCGUAUAUUUUAGUUUUUAUUUUGGGGAUAAUGAAAAAAGACCACUACCUGAAGACCUGAGGACUCUACUAGGCUCAUACAGUAAAAGCAAAUCAGACAAAUAAGAAGGGACCAAGAGCUUUAAAAACUAAUAAAAGAACCUUAAAAUCUACUCUAAAAGACAGCAGACCAGUUUUUCUUAAUUGUAUUUGAAUAUAGUGCUUACGUGAAUGUAUUUCGUUAGUUUUCAGCUCUAAUAAGCAUCAUAUCAAAUAAAAAUUUUAAAAAAUAAAGUUCUGAAUACUUUUAUUUUGAAAGUCCGCCCCGGAAGUACAGUAUGUUCGCAUUCAGUCGACUUUGACUGUAUUGACAGUACGGCGUGAGGGAAGCAUGAGGUUGAAGUAUGUAGGUCGACAUCGUGGGAUUGGUGAGUAAAUAAAAGCUCCCUGAUACUUCUGCCGGCGCGAAUUAACCCUAAAUUAAUAUUUAACAGCAGAUCUACUGUUACAGCAGCCUAAAGUCUCUCUAGAUGUCAAUUUAACCCAUUUCUGAUCACUUCUCAUCACCUCGGGAAAAAUUCUGACUUGAUAUAAGUUCUCAGCGACGUUCAUGUCUCCUACAGAAUCAAUGUUAUGUAUCUACAGAGUGAAAAAUAAGUUUCUUGUGACAUUUCUGUCGUUAAAGAACAUGCUAUCACUUGUGGUGUGAUAAUAUUAGCAUUCAAUUUCUAGUUUGAAUUGUACAAUUUUAUCAAAUAUGUAAUCUUUUAACACUAUAGUCCUGAAUUUAAACUCGUUAAUGUUGCUGAAUAUAUUGUUCACCUAUCAGUCUAUGUAUCUAAAUGCUGGUGUAGUUUCUUUACACCUAAUAUUCAAUUUAAAGUUACAUUUUUCUAGUUGCAGAAUAUUUUAAAAAUGUGUCACAGUACAAGGACCUCAAUACUAAUUUUAUAAGUGAUCUGAUUUUUAUUUUUGUAUCACCAGUAAUAUUAUUUGGACCAUAGCUUUCUCUGGUGGUGUUUUUGUGUGACUGGAAUAAGAAGUCAUAAUUUCCUGAACCUAAACUGAACCUUGAAUUUCUGCCGCUCUAAUCAGUUAAAGCAUUACCAUUUGACUGUCUUUGUGUGGCCUCACAGCACCAUCACUAAACUUGAGCUAUGAUGUGUUUUGAAGUAGCAAACCACUUUAAAUCCACUUCUGUCCGUAGACCGCAUUUACUAUCAGUCAUUCAUUGGAGUUUUUUCUCCUGUUUUCCUCUGAACCCCGCUGGGCCCCUUUAUUCAGCGGGAGAAAUACACUCCCUAACCCCCUAGCUCAACUUUAAUGUCUUUCAGAAACCACACACACACACGCAGAGGCAGGCACUCACACACACUGCUUCACAUUCCUGAGGCCCAUGAGAGGAAGGAGGAGGUUUGAAAGGUCAAGAGAGACAAUUCAUCCAGGACAGGAGGGAGGGGGAGUGAGAAGAAUAAAAGGGGGAAAAUGAAGAAUUGAAAGGGUGUGGAGAAACCUAGAGUACGUAUGAAAUAGAUGGAUGAUAAAAAAUAGAAAAUUAGAAACAUAGGUUUGUAAGAAUAUUAUUUUACAAAUCAUAUCAGGAGCAAAUUUGAUUUAAAAGUCUUAAACCUGCUAAAGUUUCUGCUCUUACUGUGAUAAGCUGAAUUAUAGAGACACAUCUUCAAGACUACAGGGUCACAUUUCACAGCACUGUGGCACAUUUUGUCCCAAGCUCCUGCUGAGAUCCUUCCUCCUCCUCCUCCUCUUCUUCUUCACACUCCUCAUUCAGCUGUAGUUUCUCAUACACACCCCAUGUGUUUUCUCGCUGUUUAAAAGUGUGUGAGUAUUUGAAAAAUGAUCUAUAAACAAAGACUGAUGUCCCUUUUCGUCCCCUGAUCCCCACAGAGGAAUGAUGGGAAAGCGUUGCCCUUGGCGACCAGGGUGCAGCCCAGAUCCCGCUGGGUGUUUGCCACUCUUGUGGCCAUGGCUUGUAUUGGAAGCAUCCUUGUGGCGGCCAUGACCAUAGCCUGCCUGCGCCACCAUGCCCACCGACUGGCUGCAAAGAAGCUGGGACUGGGACCAGAGGGGGGCAACUUCAGCCACCAGGAGUACCAGGUGAAUCAUCAUGUUCAGAUCAGAUUUAGAACACAUUAAAGUGUUGUUUUUGUGUUUGUGGACAUGUAAAAAAUAUAUAUAUAUAUCAAACUGUGAUUUUCACACACAUACAUAACUGGCUCACCAGGACCUGUGUCGCCAGCACAUGGCCUCCAAAGGCGCCUUCGGACGUCUGGAAGCUGCUGCCCUUGGUGCUGUGGGAGGAGUGAGCGGAGGGGGUGCAAGUGGAGGGGCUGGUGGAGGAGGAGCAGCAGGAGGAGGAGGUGCAGACUCGCGGGUGAGCAGUGUGUCAUCUCAGUUCAGCGAUGGGGCUCAGCCCAGUCCCAGCUCCCACAGCAGCACGCCAUCAUGGUGCGAGGAACCGGCGCAGGCCAACAUGGACAUCUCCACCGGUCACAUGAUACUGGUCAGUGUGUGCAUCAGGUCAUCUCUCAGAGAAGUGUAGAAGAUGUCCAGUAUUUAGUGACAGGAGCAUACUGAGACAAGACAAACUGAUUUAUAGGAAUACCUCACUUCAACAGGCCACAGUCCAAAGUCUGACACCACUUAUUCCGCACUUUUGUCUCAGGCGUACAUGGAGGAUCACCUGAGGAACAAGGACCGUCUGAUGAAGGAGUGGGAGGCUCUGUGUUCUUACCAGGCUGAGCCCAGCGUUGUCUCUGUGGCUCAGAGCGAAGCCAACGCCAAGAAGAACCGCUGCCAAGACUCUGUGCCCUGUGAGUUCCUGCAGCUGCCCGACUCCUUUUACAACUAGUCAAGCACAUGAACAGUUAGAAAAGAUUACAACUAAUAAAGUUAAAAAAAAAAGAAAGAUAAGUCUAAGACGUUACAAAACUUUAUCUGAUAUUUGACUACGGUGUUUGACCAGGGAAAUGGGGAUUUCAGAGGUUAAAUGUCACUGUUGUCCUUUAGAUGACCACUCAAGGGUGAAGCUGAAGGCGGAGAUUAAUCCUUCACGCUCUGACUACAUUAACGCCAGUACCAUAGUAAGUCCCCUGUGGUGAUCACCUUGUAUCUAAUCUCUAAAGGCUCUCCUACUGUUUAUUAUUUUAUCACCAUACUUGGAGAUUUCCUCACUUCUGUCAUCAACUUUUUAGAGUUUUUUUUAAAGAUGUAACUGUGUCUCUUGAUAAUUGAAUUUUUGAGUAAUCAAGCCCUCUUAGUGCUCAGUCUUUGGGGUCACCUCCAACCUUUUCUCUUUUUUAACCUCUAACCUCUCUCCUUCAGAUUGAGCAUGACCCCCGGAUGCCAGCUUACAUCGCUACCCAGGGCCCACUAUCACACACCAUCUCUGACUUCUGGCAGGUCAGCACAACACCACAGAAAACACAGAUGCUGUAUUUGUGAUAUUUUUGUAGACCGAAUGUCCGUCUGUCCUUUAACCUUUAGAUAGCCUGAAAAUAACUUUUGUUUAUUUGAAUUGCAUCAAAAAAUUGAAAUUCCUUUUUUUCUAAGCUCUGCUGGGGGAUACUUAAGAGGCUCCAUGCAGUAGAAGAGCCCAGUUUUAAGACAUUGAGAUGUAAUGACUUUCUGCCUGUUUUUUUCAGAUGGUCUGGGAGAACGGCUGCACUGUGAUCGUGAUGAUGUCAGCUCUGGUAGAAGACGGAGAGAAACAGUGCGAUCGAUACUGGCCUGAUGAGGGUUCCUCUCUCUACCACAUCUAUGAGGUGAUCACAGUGCUGAAAAUGUUGAAAGAUGAAUGAUGUCUCUUAUCUUGAGUCCUGAUAAAAGCUGUAUUCUAUAUAUUCAUCCAGGUGAACCUGGUGUCAGAACAUAUCUGGUGUAACGACUUCCUGGUGCGGAGCUUCUACCUGAAAAACGUGCAGACUCAGGAGACUCGGACACUCACUCAGUUCCACUUCCUGAGCUGGCCAGCUCAGGGCAUCCCUACCUCCACACGCCCCCUGUUGGACUUUCGCAGGUACUGCUGCUUCAUGUAUAUCCUUACUUAAAACUCUCCUAACUCGACUCUUAGCCAGUGAGAGUUCAGUUGUUUUCAAACCUGAAGGUCAGAAAUAUUUUUCUUUAUUAUGCAUGUGCUCUAAACCUCCUGUAAAAUGUGUCCGUUGGUUUCUUAAUUAAGACAAAAGUUGAGUUACAUGUUCUUCUUUACUAACCAGAUUCCCUCCUUCAAACUCCACUUUUCAUUCCUGACCCAGUAUCAAGUAUUUACCCUGCCAUGGUGUAGUAAAAAUCAGCUUAGACAAGUUCUUUUCCACUUUACAUGGGGGAUCACUUUGGAUAUUGCGGGAGAACAUAAGAUGAUGCACUGCUUCAGCCCCUCGACCUUCAUUAUCCUCUCCUCCUGUCCCUCUGACCCCCCUUCUCCUCUCCUCCCUCCUCUCCCUGUGCGAUGGAGGUCAGCGGAGCCAUGGCUUUAAUUUUAACAUAUCUGUCUGUGUCAUUCUUGUGGUUUGCAGCUAGUAGUCUGGGUCCAGUUGCAUAGUCACAAAAAUGAUCAUGGACUGAUGUGGCUGCAGCAGGAGGUCCAUCGCCAAAACCCCCUUUCCACCCCUCCCCUCCUGAUCUCUCUCUCUCUUUCUCUUUAUCUCUUUCUCUCUUUCUCUCUAUCUCUCACUGCCCGCUCAUACGUAGCAUAUAUCGGGACAAAGGUUACAUUUUUACACCAUUAGUUUUUGCACGUUGGCUUCAAAAGUCCAACUCUGUAUGCUUCAUUCCUUGAUCACAGAAAGUAGCUCAAAUUUCCCUUAUCUUCUGUUAUUUUUCAUUACGAUCUGGUCUACACAAUAUAUUUCUUCUCGUUUCUCUUUAGGAAGGUGAACAAGUGCUACCGAGGACGAUCCUGCCCUAUCAUUGUGCACUGCAGGUACCUAACAAAGAUAACAUCUUGACUACAGAGAUCUUAAAACAAUAAGAAAUAAAAUAUGGACUUUUGAAUUUUCAUACAUGGAUCAAGACGCAUCCUGUUGUAGUACCACUUAUGUCCACUUAGUGGGAGCAAACUCUAAAAUAUUUGUAAUCAAGAGUCUGGCAGCUGGAAAACAGAAGGGCUAGGGUCUAUUUGUGAUGCAUGUGUCUGUCCUCAGUUUUUCUGUGCUUUCUUAGCUAACUGUCUUUGUUUUGUACUUUACCAAUAGUGAUGGUACAGGCCGGACUGGAACUUACAUCCUGAUUGACAUGGUUCUGAAUCGCAUGGCCAAAGGUAUGAUUGCAUUUUAGUUGUUUUUUUUCUGCCUGUAAUCAUCUGGAUCAUCAUGUUUUAUUUUAUUUAUCAGCUUGAUGAAGUUUUUGUCUGCAAUAAUUACUAAUACUAUCUGUUCAUACACAAUGUGAAGGCCCCUUGUUUGAGAAAAAAUUGCUUUGUGAAUUUAAUGUAUCGCCUGUAUUUUACCUUUUCUCUUGCAGGUGUGAAAGAAAUCGACAUCGCUGCAACUCUGGAGCAUAUCCGGGACCAGCGGCCUGGGAUGGUUCGCACUAAGGUACGUAUCCUUCCUUCGUUCAUUCAUUUGUUUGGGUGUGCCCCGAACACCCCGGGACAUGCCCUCAAGCAGGGGGGGCACACACGUCUUCCCUGUGGGCGAGAAAAAAUUUUUUUUUGGGGGGGCAAAAAUUUGCAUAAUUUUAGUAUAACCCCCUCUUUGUACCUCUCCAGACACACCAGGGGAGACACGGCCCCCCCCAGCCCCGGUGUACCGGGAGCGCCUGCUUCCAGCACCCUGUUGCAAGUGGGAAUUGAACCUAGCACCUCCCGACCGGUGCCAUUUCAGGCUCAAUAUACACCCGAGUGUGUAUUCCACUACGCUACCGAAUACCUUCCACACUUGGAACUGCGCUCGUCACCCUUUUAACUUGCACUUUGGCUCUAGGGCUUUUAAAACUUGUGUCCUGAAUAAGGUUUUGAACCUGCAACCUUUGGAGCGCCAGUCAGGUCUCUAAGCCUCUGAGCUACAGAGACUUGUUGUGAUCACAAUGGUUUUCUAGUUCGGGUCAGGGAGAGUACACCUCAAUAUUAAGAAUGACAAGAAGGACACACUGAGGCUUGAACUCACGACCUCUGCAUUUCCAGUCCAAGACCUAAACUACUGAGCUACAGAGACCUGAAGCACAACAGUGGUUUUCAGGUCCUAGUCAGGGAGAGUACACCUUAAUAUUAAGAAUGACAAGAAGGACACACUGAGGCUUGAACUCACGACCUCUGCAUUUCCAGUCCAAGACCUAAACCACUGAGCCACACAGAUUUGAUUUGUUAGUUUUGGUUUUCAAGUAUUUAUCUUGGACAGUAAACCUCAAUAUUAAGAAUGACCCUCCGGGGCUUGAACCCACCACCUCUGUAUUCUUAGUCAAAGAGCUUCACCACUAAGCUACAGAGGUAGACACCAGACAGUUCACCUACAGAUAUUCACUCGCUCUUUGACACCAUAACUCAGAUUUAAAAUUUCAUAUGAAGGAAAAAUCCCUCAAUUUCUGCACUCUUACUUUGUCUCCAAGCUGCAGCGCCAGAUCAUGACAAAAAAAAGAGUUUGCGGUCUUGUCUUUGAACACUGGCCUUCAAAACUAAUCUAUAAUAUGUUUGAACCAGCGAUCUCUUGACUCCUUAAUCAGCCUGCCCUGAGUUGUGGAGACAGACAUGCUUCUGUUCUGACCAAUCAGGAUUAACCACAGCUCCUCAUGUACGUGAGCUGUGUCGUAGACCCUUUGGAAAAUUUGAUCACUAAACUGUUUUUUUUUUUUUUUUUCCUCGUUUCAGGACCAGUUUGAGUUCGCUCUGACAGCUGUGGCUGAGGAGGUCAAUGCCAUCCUCAAAGCUCUGCCCCAGUGAAACCAGUCCAACCCAGACUCCUGCCCGCCUGACCCCACCCCUGAUUCAGGCUCCUGUCUUACCUCCACCUUCUCUCUCUGUGGUGGUCGAUGAUGAUGAUGAUGAUGAUGAUAAUGAUGAUGAUGAUGAUGCUUCUCCAUCUGCCUGUCGACUUAUACUUUAAAAUGUAAUAUGAUAUCAAACAAACCUUGACACUGGAUGGUUGAAUGUCAGAAAGGAUUCACAUAGCCAUGGUUUUUAGUGUUUUUGGUAAGGACCUGAUGCUGUUAAGGAAAUCCAGGUGUAUGUUUAAUGAGAGCUAAUUACAAUUAACAGUUUCACUUAAAAAAUCAUCAAUUAAUAUAGCUUUGGAGUAGAGCAAGCAAUCAUUGAGUUCUACAUUAUACACUCCACAGGGUAUGAUUCGUUGACUCAUGAAGUCAGCCUUUAAAUGUGAACAUGGCACUAAUUAAAGAUGUUUGUCUCUUACCAAAAUCCAUCCUGACACUUGAGUAGUUGGUGUCUUAUUUGAAUUUAAUUUUCCAUCUUUCUUAUAUGUGAUUUGUUUCUGUUAAACAAGGAAAUAUAAGUAUUUUAAAAAUGAUCUGAAAUCCUCCAAAAUGCCUGAAUUAGUACAUUUAUUCAAAGUUAAAGUCACUGGUAGAAUAUGAAAUGUCCUGGAAGAUGGCAAGUAAUGAUUGUUUCCACUUCCUGCCUGGCCCGUCAUUUCCUGUCCCAUCAUCACGACCGACUGCUGAAAAAAACGAUUUAAAAAAAAACUAUGGUGUCUGUGUGCCAUUUAUAUCUGAAAAUCCUGGAUGAAUAUCUGUUGUUGUAUACUUCAUGCAAGUCUAAAAAUGGAUAAAAAAAAAAAAAUUAUAUUGUAUGAAAAGAAAGCUAUUUUGUAUCUGUGAAACCUUAAAUAAAUCUCUUCGUGUUUAAGUGCUGCAAUCA